GGUGUGUUAAAAUUGUGCGUGGCCCGACCCACUGAAUAUUCGUUUAUACGGACAUGCCUAUAAACAGAAAUAAAUACAUAUCUAUCUACCUGAUAGAUAUAAAUCUAUAUAUCUUUGUGGUAGGUAUGCAUGUCCAGACUGAUAGAUAUACAUUUAUCUAUCUAUCUAUCUGGAAGGUAUGCAUUUCUGGACCGAUAGAUAUGCAUCAAUUUCUGUUUAUAUUCAUGUCCGUAUAUUGAAUAGGAUCGGGCCUUGUACACUUCUAACAAACCGACAGUCUCUUUUAUUUUCUAUAUACACCCAGGUGAAAAAAUAAAAGUGAAAGGAAAGAAGUAGCGAUAACAGAUAAGAAAGACUGUGUUCUUCCGUUGUUAUGAGUCAUUGUUCUCAAUAAGAUAAGAUUAGAAUAUAAAUAAAAUGGAUUUGGUUUACUCGGUUGCAUGAAUUCUGUCGUGGUUCUUGCACAUUCAGAAUUGACUCGACGCUGACAGAGAGAUGCCAACGAGGGUGCCAAACCGGAGCUCAUUGAGGCUGUUCAAAGGCCAGAACUACAGGAAGCUGAAGGCAAAAUGUCUGUCUGUAGGAGAGCUUUUCCUUGACACUGAAUUCCCUGCCGAUGCGUCUUCUCUCGGUUUUGAAAAGGCAGUGGAAUGGAAAAGGCCAACAGAAUUGGUCGCAUCUCCGCAGUUUGUGAAGAGUAUGAGCAGAUUUUCAGUAAAACAGGGAGAGCUAGGCAACUGCUGGUUCUUAUCAGCCCUCUCCGCCAUCACCCAAAACCCAGGCCUGUUGUAUCGUGUUGUGCCUGGCGAUCAGGACUUCGCUGAUAACUAUGCGGGAAUCUUUCAUUUCAGGUUCUGGCAGGGAGGUCAGUGGGUGGACGUCGUUAUCGAUGACCGGCUGCCUGUCGUCUGCGGGGCAAUACUGUGCUUCACGAGUUCGAGAGACGACGAUGAGUUCUGGUCGGCGUUGCUCGAGAAGGCUUAUGCCAAGCUCCACGGCUCGUACGGCGCCUUGGACACCGGCAAGAGCUUCGAGGCGACGGAGGACCUGACGGGGGGCGUGACGGAGCGGUUUCUGCUGCGUCGCGAGGACCUCCUGACGCCGACGCCGACGAACCUCUUCUCCGUCGUCGCCAAAGCCAGGCAGCGGGGGUCGCUCGUCACCUGCAGCAUCUCGGAGACCCGAGAGACACCGAUGGAGGAUGGACUCGUCAAGGGCCACGCCUACAGUGUCACGGGGGCGCGGCGCUUCAGGGUCAAUGCUCCUCGAAGACCCUACGUGGAGCUCCUGCGUCUGAGGAAUCCCUGGGGGGACGAGACGGAGUGGAGAGGGAUGUGGAGUGACGGCUGCGAGGAGUGGAAUUUGAUCCCGAAAUCCGAAAGAGACAAACUCCAGCUUAGCAUCGAAGCGGACGGAGAGUUCUGGAUAUCAUUCAGUGAUUUCGCAGAGAACUUCGACGAGCUGUCCAUCACAAGCCUGAACCCCACCACCGUCAACGAGGAGGCCAAGGAGCAUCUCAUCACCAUGGCCGACGUAGUGACCGAGGCCGUCCUCCACUCCGAGGUCAUAAAGGCAGCCGAGGUCAAUGCCGUGAAGGUGUGGGAGGUCGUUGCCUUUGACGGCGCUUGGGUCCGCAACGCCACGGCAGGAGGCGGAAAUACGAGAGAUAGAGUGUUCUGCAGCAAUCCUCAAUACAUACUUGAGCUGACAGAAGCUGACGACAGCGCGGAGGAAGAAGGCACUUGCGCUGCCAUAGUGACCCUUAUGCAGAAGAACAGAAGGGCCAAUCAGCUACCCAUUCACCCCAUUGGGUUUUUUAUUUAUAAGCUCGGAGAAGGAGAGAAAAUUCCCAACCCACUCACCGUCUCUUGGCUGAGGCUGAACGUACCCUAUUUUUACACCAGGACCUUCUCAAAGACACGUACUGUGACCCACCGCCUCACCCUCAGCCCCGGCAGGUACCUGGUCAUUCCUUGCACGCCCACACCGGACCAAGAGGCAGAGUUCCUCCUUCGGGUUUUCUGUGAGAAGCUCGCUAAGAUGGAGGAGUAUGACGAGGAGGCCCAGAUUCUCGACAUUGCUGAAGAGUCUGAGGACGAGGUAGACCAUGCCAUCGAGGACCACCUGCGUGUCGUGUUCCGAGAGUCAGCUGGGGACGCCAACGAGGUCGAGGCUGUCAAGUUACAGUGCAUGCUAGACCAGCUCUUCCCUUCUGCAGGUUUUGCUGACUCGCUGGACUUCACCCGGAGCCUCCUCGCCAUGAUAGACGUCGACUUCUCCGGGACUGUCAGUUUUUAUGAAUUCGAAGCCCUGGUCUCUUCCCUCAGGCGCUGGGUGAGAGUCUACAACGAGAGGAAGGACGAGGAGAACGAUCUCCUUUCGGGUCACUCGUGGGGCCUCGGCGACGCGCUCAGGGACCUCGGCCUCCAGAUCCCGCGCCGCAUCCGGGCCCUCGUGGUGGUGCGCUACGGCGACCUGCAGGGACACAUCGCCCUCAGGGACUUCCUCAUGGCCACCUGCAGGAUCUCUGUCAUGUUGGUGAGAUUCGAGGCCCAUCGUGUAGAGAACGACCAGCACGCGAAAAUCCCUUUAACAGACUGGCUCGCAAAUACCCUCUACUGCUGAGAUAAAUUAUAUACUCCUAUGUGACGAAAUGUGUAGCUUUACGUGAUAAAAAACUAUCCACUUAAAUUAAGUAUAUUAAUGUAACAACAUGACUUAUCCAUCCAAAUUAGGUACACUUAUUCACCAAAAUUAUGUAAACUUAUUCACCAAAAUUAUGUAAACUUAUUCACCGAAAUUAUGUAAAUUUAUCCACCAAAAUUAUGUAAACUUAUCCACCAAAAUUAUGUAAAUUUAUCCACCAAAAUUAUAUAAACUUAUCCAUCCAAAUUAUGUACACAAAUGCACAGAAAUUACGUACACUUAUAAACCCAAAUUACGUACACUUAUUCAUCAAACUGAUGUACACUUAUCCACCCACAUUAUAUACACUUAUCCACCCAAAUCAUGUACACUUGUCCCAAAAAAUAAAUAUAUACUUAUCCACCCAAAUUAAGUAGCCUUAUGUAAAUGGCAUGGAUCCUUGCGUAGAA